AUAUAUUCAACCAGGCGUUUUAACGUGCUAUAAGGCUCUCAACUUUUCUAUGACUUUGUGAUAGUAUUUUUCUCUUUGGGGGAUCGCUGUGAAAGUUACAGCGAUCUGCAGCAGCUGCGACGAAAGAGGAGGAGGCGGUGUCGCAGGAGGCUGAGCGAACAGAUGGAGCGCCGCUGCUGGUCCACACAGCGGCUUGUUGUCAUGGAGGAGCAAAGAUGGCGGUCCUGGCCUAUAGCCUGGGGAAACGCGAAAUAAAUCAGCACUUCACCAUAAAAAAUGCCAAAUUGAUAUCGCUUGUGGUUGUUAUUUUGCUCUUGGUGUUUCACGCAGCUUUGCGACAUUAUGGAGGUGGAGACUCGUGCGAAUGGCUGCUGUCAACAGGACGCUACCUGGGGGAGAAUGUAUGGCAGCCUUAUGGCUGCAUGAUGCACAAAUACAAAAGCAUAGAAGCCAAAACAUGCCUUGCAGAGAAACAAGUGGCCUUUGUUGGUGACUCACGAAUCAGGCAGCUGUUCUACUCCUUUGUCAAAGUUAUUGACCCUGAGCGAAGAGAGGAUGGAAACAAGCACGAGGACAUUUCCUUUGACGACGAGAGGUCCUCUCUUAAUGUGGACUUUUUUUGGUACCCGGAGGCGAACAAUUCCAUGAAGGAGCGCUUGAUAACAUGGACACAGGAAUCUUCUGCAAAACCCGAUGUGGUCAUCCUUGGAGCUGCAACAUGGUCUAUCAAGUUGCACAGGGGCAGCAGCGAGACCCUGCAGCAGUACAAAGUCAACCUGACAGGCAUCGCUGCCCACCUGGAGAAGCUGGCCGACUACGGGGAGGUUUACUGGGUCCUGCAAGAUCCGGUGAACGAAGACGUGUUGAGUGAGAGCAGGAAGAUGAUCACCAACCAGCAGCUGGAGCUCUAUAAUGAAGCGGCAGUGGAAGUGCUCAACAGCAGCAAGUAUAAUGGCCGAUCUAGGGUCAAGUUGCUGGCAGCGUCCCGUCAGGCCGCACUGGAAACCAUUACCCAGUCAGAGGAUGGCUUGCACCUGCCCGAGAGCACCAGGAACGUGGGAGCCAUGGUCCUUAUGAACUCUCUGUGCAACAAGCUGCUGAAGCCCAUCGACGGAUCCUGCUGCCAGACGCUGCCGCCGCUGAACUUCCUCCAGAAACUGUCGGCGUGUUUCUUCCUGGGCUCAGCGGUGGUCUUUGUGAUCCUCCACGUCCUUGGCAACAGCCGCCACCGCCGACCUGUGCCCCCCGACGUGGAGAGCCUCGAGGAGAAGAAGCCAGCCACUGCAGCUGUCCCCUUUGGACUCAAGGCGCCUUUUCAGGCGCUCUGCAGGAUGGGCAUCAUCAUGGGCUACUUUUUCCUCUGUGACCGAGCAGAUGUGUUCAUGAAAGAGCAGAAGUUCUACACGCACUCAACGUUCUUCAUCCCAUUGGUCUACAUAUUUGUACUUGGAGUGUUUUACAGUGAGAACAGUAAGGAGACCAAAUUACUCAACAGAGAACAAACAGAUGAGUGGAAAGGCUGGAUGCAGCUUGUCAUCCUCAUCUAUCACAUAUCCGGAGCCAGUGCUUUCAUUCCAGUCUACAUGCACGUGCGGGUGCUGGUCGCGGCAUACUUGUUCCAAACCGGCUACGGACACUUCUCAUUUUUCUGGCUCAAAGGAGACUUUGGACUCAACCGAGUGUGUCAAGUGCUGUUCCGUCUAAACUUCCUGGUCUUUGUACUGUGUGUUGUAAUGGACAGACCAUACCAGUUCUAUUACUUUGUCCCUUUGGUCACCUUCUGGUUUGUCAUCAUCUACUCAACAAUGGUAAUGUGGCCUCAGAUCCUUCAAAAGAAAGCUAACGGUAGUGGCAUGUGGCACCUCGUGGUUUUGGCUAAAUUACUGAGCCUGCUGCUGUUCAUCUGUGUUUUUGCCUUUUCACAGGGUUUUUUCGAGAGCACUUUCUCUGCGUGGCCCCUCUCCAAGCUCUUUGAGCUGAACGGAAGCAUCCACGAGUGGUGGUUCAGAUGGAAGCUGGACCGAUUUGCGGUGAUUCACGGUAUGGUGUUUGCCUUCCUCUACCUGGUGCUGCAGAAGCGCCAGGUGUUGUCAGAGGGCAAAGGAGAGGCGCUCUUCCCCGCCAGGAUGUCCAACCUGCUCCUCCUCUGCUCUGUCGUUGCCUUUAUAACUUAUUCAAUCUGGGCGAGCAGCUGCAAGACAAAAGCAGAGUGCAACGAGAUGCAUCCUUACGUCUCUGUUGUCCAGAUUUUGGCCUUUGUUCUCAUCCGGAACAUCCCCGGCUACGUCCGCUCUAUAUAUAGCUCAUUCUUUGCGUGGUUUGGAAAGAUCUCUUUGGAGCUGUUUAUAUGCCAGUAUCACAUCUGGCUUGCGGCCGACACCAAGGGAAUUUUAGUUCUCAUCCCAGGAAAUCCUUCCCUCAACAUUAUGGUCAGCACUUUCAUCUUUGUCUGCGUGGCUCACGAGGUGUCUCUCAUCACCAACGACCUGGCCCAGGUGGUCAUCCCCAAAGACAGCAUGGCCCUGCUGAGGAGACUGGGAGCCGCGGGACUCCUCAGUCUGGUCGUACUGGCGCUUUCCAGGGGCAGCCAGCUCACACCGGGGGCCUGAAGGAUGACGCCUGGUGGCAAAGGACACUGCGGGGUUGAGCUGAGUUCUAGCCCCGAGUCGGAGUCUGGCCGUUUUUAGCUCCAGGUGAGACCACUCCAGAGCUAACCUGUGAGAGAGCAGUGUCUGUCCGUCUGUUAGUCAAGUUCCAACAGCCUCUGUGCUUUUCCGACUGCUGAAAAACCCUAAAGAAGAAGAAGAAAACGAGCUUGAACGAGGGAUUGCUCCUUUCAGGGCGAAGGCAGAACUGCAGAAGCAGAACUGCAGGACAAAAAGCAUUCUCAAAUGUUUACAUUAGUUGGUUUCCGGACUUGGAGGUCCGUCAGAAGAGGUUCGCUCAUUUCAAAACGUUGCGGUUGCUGUGAAUUUUUUGCGACAUCCCUCAUGUUUAGCCAAACGGACUCUUUCGUCUUCACGUGCCGUCAGUCCCGUCAUGGCGUCCCUCGGUCGCGCGAGGGGGGGGGGGGGUGGCUCUCCGUCCACAUGGCAGUAGCAGCUGAAGGCCAGAACCAGAGAUCGUAUAUCUACGGACCGCCGAGCUUGGAUGACC